AUGUCCAAUACAGCACAUCACGCGUCACUCGCGGCUUCUGAGCUCCCGGAAGGGCCAUACAGGACCAGCGAUCCACGUCACUCCUCCGACUCGACCGGGAUAGCUCGAACCGAAGUGGAGAACACCAAGGCAGAGUCGAGUCCAAAGCUCACAGACGAAGCUCCCGACGGUGGCACUGCGGCUUGGCUGGUGGUUCUAGGUGCCUGGUGCACUUCGUUCUGCAGUUUUGGCUGGCUGAAUAGUGUUGGAAUUUUCCAGGAAUAUUACCAGAACGUCUUGUUGAGCAGCUACUCCUCAAGUGUAAUCGCUUGGAUCCCUUCGCUGCAGAUCUUUUUCAUGAUGGCUAUGGGUCCUGUCGUUGGUGCCUUGUUCGACAGAUAUGGUCCUCGCUGGCUGAUCUUCAUAGGCAGCCUACUCCAUGUCCUCGGCGUCAUGAUGGCCAGCUUGGGCAGCCAAUACUACCAGAUCUUGCUCGCGCAGGGCGUCUGCUCGGCUAUCGGCGUUGCCUGCAUCUUCCAGCCGGCCAUGAACGUCAUCGGCGGCUGGUUCGACAAGAAGCGCGGCGCUGCCUUUGGAAUCCUCAGCACUGGCUCCUCCCUUGGGGGCGUGGUCUUCCCCAUCAUGGUGAAUCACCUGAUCCGCCGUGCUGGCUUUGGCUGGGCGAUGCGUGCCGGGGGAUUCCUCAUUCUCUUUCUGCUCUUCGUUGCAAACCUCACGAUUCGAUCGUAUCGCCCGCCGCGUCCCCAAAAGGUCACGGGCGCCAUGGUAAGGAAACCCUUUACAGAGCCCGAAUUCGUCCUCCUCUCGGCUGGUCUCUUCUGUUUCACCUACGGCCUCUUCGUUCCCAUCAACUACAUCACCGUCCUUGGUCUUCACGCGGGCAUGGAGCCGAGCUUGGCGGAGUAUCUUGUCCCUAUGCUCAACGCAGGCUCCCUCUUCGGUCGCAUGUUCUCGGGCAUCAUGGGCGAUCGGGUGGGGAGGUACAACAUCUUCAUUGUUGUCUGCUACCUCUCGAGCAUCUGGAUCCUGGGGCUCCUUAUCCCAACCAUAACCAACGCAUCGCUCAUUGCUUUCGCGGUGCUCUUUGGCUUCUCUUCAGGCGCGUACGUCUCGCUCAUCACCCCGUUGGUGAUGCAGAUCUCCCCCCUGAACGAGAUCGGUCUUCGUACGGGCAUCAUCUUCUUCGUCAACGCCGUCGCGGGCCUUACGACCAACCCGAUUAACGGCGCUAUUCUGGACCAGCCGAACGGGUGGCUUGGUAUGAAACUCUUCGCAGGGAUGUUCUGUCUAGUCGGUACCACGUUUGUGCUGGCGGCGAGAGUUCACAAGACCGGAUGGAAGCUCAGCGCGACGUUCUAA